UCAAUCAUAAACUUCAGGAGUAUUUAUCCUCCUUUCUGUGCAACAACCUUUUUUAGAAACUUAUUUUCAUUUUCAAACAACAGUGUUUUGAAGCCACAGAUUUGUUUUCUUGUGUGUGCGAAGUUUUUUUUGCACAAACCUCUUCAGAAUCAGGAGAUCUUCUGCAGCGUCCAUCUUUAGUUCGGAGCACUUUUUCUUGCAAACUAUUCAGCAGCUGUUCAGAAGACUUGGGACACUUUUGUGCAGCCAUGCUCCCUGGGGGACUGGUGUCGGGCGGAGGCGGUGGCGGAGGUGGGCUGUGCCUGCUCCGGUGGCUCGGGCUCAGACUGUGGUCCCGUCGGGGGACGCUGGUGUUCGCUCUGCUCUGGUUCGGCUCCUGGCUGUUCCUAAACGGCCUGGUUCUGGUCCACAGGACCAUCCUGUCGGACUACUGCACCGACGACAAGAGCAAGAGGAUCCUGCAGAGACUGUGCCUGGAGUUCGGCGAGGGCUCGGUGACGGGCGACAUGUGCGAGGACCUGUGCGUGCUCGGCCUCGUGGAGUACAAGCGCUGCCUCUACUACGAGAACGGGAAGAAGGUGAUCGAGGCGCGCUGGAGAGGAAACCCCGUCAUCCUCAAGUCCAAACUGGAGAACUUCUCGUCCUACGAGCCCCUGGGGAUACUGGACUACCAGGAGGCAGGUUGGGGUGGUGGAUCCGAGGAACUCUCCCCGCUGGACGUGGUUUUCUACGCAACUCUGGAAGUGAGAAACUCUCUGGGUCUGGAGGAGGGAGGGAACAGCUCCCUGGCCAGACUCUGGGAGAAGAAGCUGAAGAGCAGGGACACCAGUUUCUCCCGAGCCGAGCUGGCGUCGCUGUGGUCUCUGCUGCAGCAGGAAGAGUACACCUUCCUCCGAGUGCUGCAGGACCUGAGCACCCACGUGGCGAAGGUUUUGGGCUCUUGUGGCCAUUUCUACGCUGUGGAGUUCCUGUCUGCCGGCCACGCCUGGGACCAGAACAUCUUCUCCCUGGAGGAAGCCCAGGGGGGCCCCGGGGCCCAGGGGGGGUCCGGGGCCCAUGGGGGGUCCGGGGCCCGGGCCCGCUGGAGCGCCAGAGAGAUGGUGCACCGCAUCGCGCUGAGCUUCCUGGACAUGGUGUGGCACUUUGACAACGACUUCACCCACAGACUGCACCUGUGUGACAUCAAACCAGAGAACUUCGCCAUCAGGAAGGACCUCACUGUGGUGGCUAUAGACGUGGACAUGGCUUUCUUCGAGCCUAAGAUGCGGGACAUCCUGGACCAGAACUGCAGCAGCGAUGAAGACUGUAACUUCUUCGACUGCUCGUCUCACUGCAACCUCCACAAGCAGCGCUGCAGCUCAGCGCGCAGCAACAGCAACCUGCAGGUCAUCUGUGAGAAGAUUUUCCGACCGUGGUUUUCUCCCACGCUGCUCGGGGCCAAAGCCGGUCUCCCUCUGCAGGUGGAGCUGCAGCGAGCCGUCCAGGAGUGUUCAGAGACCGAGGGAGGCGUGGAGGAGGAUGUGGGGGGCCGAGGGGAGGCAGGUCGGGGCAGAGGCGUCCAUCAGCGCCUCCUCAACAUCCUGACGCGCCUCCUGCAGGAGGGAGGGGCCUCAACGGAGGGGGGAGGGGCCUGGGAGGAGAAAGGCCACGCCCACACGGCGCUGAACUUCUGA